CCUACUUGAAGCAAUUUGGAAAAAAUUCACCUGCAAAUAUAUCGAUCAUUUUAGCGAACGUGCUUCGGACUAUAUAUAAAGCAUUAGCGCCAACUGGAGGACACAAACAGUAGUAAUUGCGAAACGCAACGACAGCCUCAACAUGAAACUUCUGUGCAGUGUGCUAAUCCUGGCCAGUGUCGCCGUCACUAUUCAAGCGAAGCCGAGCUCCGUGCAACUUCAAUUGCAGGGUGCAUUGGAUAAAUAUCUGGUUAAUGCCAACAAUCUGGAUGUUUUGUCAGCGGAUGUGACCACUCAGUGUUUUUCCUUGUACAUGCCCAUGUUGAAUGAGGUGGCUGCCACUUUCUCCAGUUCGUAUCAGGACUGCAUAACAGCAUACAAUACGAAGCUGGCCAAUAUCACGGCCCAGGCAACGCAGGAUCAGACAAUGUAUAAGCAGGAGGUUACCGAAAUGUGCAGCGCUUUCACCACUUGCGACAAUGGGACAGACAGCGACACUACUGGCUUCUUCACCUGCUAUGCCAAUGCGGCCCAGGGCGAUGUCUCUGUGAUCUAUGACAUUGCCACCAAUGCGGCGAGUACAGCAAACACUCUCGCUGAGGCAAUCAAAGUCAACCAGGAUUUGGAAUACCAGUGCACCAAUACCACGGAAAGCAACUAUGUUCGCGAUACGGCUGCCACUUACGAACUCCUCGACAACUGUCUGAGAAACGGUCUUCCCACAACGGCUGCUGCUCCCCUCUCGACGACCGCAGCACCCCUUAGUACUACCCAAAGUGUUUCUGCAAGUACUGCUAGCGUUGUUGUCGCCUCAUCUGCUGUGCCAGCUGCGAGCUCAGCUGGUCCAGUUGUGAUCGCUACGACGGCAGCUAGCAUCGUCUAA